CUCUGUAGCACCCAAGAGACGUACAGGGUAUCCAGUGAGACCCACAACGGAGGAAAAUCAUUAUUGCCCGUCGCUGUCGUCUUUUUAAUGUAGGUGUCGUUACUUCACAAGUGCAUGCUGUUUGAUCUCCAGCGAUGUAUUUACCUUACAGAACAUCAAUGCAACCCCUUAUACCGGAUCUUGAGAAUUCUCCGCUUGACCAGGUGACCAUGACUGUGUGGAUGAUAGUGCUCUCCCUGGGUGCAGUUGCUGAGUCCUGGGCCCAGCGCUCAGAGCCCAUGUUUGCAGCUGUCACUCAGAGUGUCCUUCCCCCUGACUAUGACAACAAUCCAACCCAGCUUAACUAUGGUAUGGCAAUCACUGAUGUGGAUGGCGAUGGCGAUUUAGAGAUAUUUGUUGCUGGGUACAAUGGGCCAAACCUGGUGCUGAAGUAUGAUAAGGUAAAGAAAAGAUUAAUGAACAUUGCAGUAGACAACCGCAGCUCCCCAUUCUAUGCACUCAGAGAUCGGCAAGGAAAUGCUAUUGGCGUGACAGCAUGUGACAUAGAUGGUGAUGGGAAAGAGGAAAUCUAUGUUCUCAACACCAAUAAUGCUUUCUCAGGUCGAGCAACCUACACUGAUAAGCUCUUCAAGUUUCGCAAUGGACGCUUUGAGGACCUCCUGAAUGAUGAGAUAAAUGAACAUAGAGAUGUUGCCAAUCGCAUGGCAGGUCGAUCAGUAGCUUGUGUAGACAGAAAGGGAACAGGGCAUUAUGCCAUCUACAUUGCUAACUACGCCAGCGGCAAUGUUGGGCCGCACGCUUUGAUCGAAAUGGACGAGAGUGCCAGCGACCUGUCAAAAGGGGUCAUCGCUCUAAUCAAUGUGGCCGAGCAGGCUGGGGUUAACAAAUUUACAGGGGGACGCGGGGUUGUGGUGGGGCCCAUCCUCAGCAAAACACUCCCUGACAUAUUCUGCGACAACGAGUACAGCCCCAACUUCCUGUUCCGCAACAAUGGUGACGGGACGUUUACAGAUGUCGCGGCGCAGGCAGGAGUUGAGGACCCAAUGCAGCAUGGGCGUGGUGUAGCUCUAGCCGAUUUUAAUCGGGAUGGGAGGACAGACAUUGUGUAUGGCAACUGGAAUGGGCCCCAUCGGCUGUUCUUGCAGCUAAGCAAUAACCGUAAACAAAGAUUCAAGGACAUAGCCACGCAGAAGUUCUCUAUGCCUUCUCCUGUGCGGACAGUCAUUGUAGCAGACUUUGACAAUGAUAAUGAGCUGGAAGUGUUUUUCAACAACAUCGCAUAUAGAGGCUCAUCAGCCAACAGACUAUUUAGGGUUUCUCGGAGAGAACAUGGAGACCCGCAGAUAGAGGAGAUGAACAUCGGGGAGGCAUCCGAGCCCGAGGGCAGGGGAACAGGAGCUGCCGUAACUGAUUUAGAUGGGGAUGGCCAGCUGGACCUACUGAUAACACAUGGAGAGAGUGCAGCGCAGCCAAUCUCUGUAUACCGCGUCAGCCAGGGAUCAUCUAACAGAUGGCUGCGUGUGAUUCCACGCACCCAGUUUGGGGCUUUUGCGCGGGGGGCCAAAGUGGUGGUCUACACUAAAAGAAACAGUGCUCACACACGUAUUAUUGAUGGAGGCUCUGGAUACCUGUGUGAAAUGGAACCGGUAGCUCACUUUGGGCUGGGGAAAGACGUGGCCACCAUUGUGGAGGUUUACUGGCCAGACGGACGUUCCGUGGCUCAGCCGUUGGAGCUCAGUGACAUGAACACGGUCAUGGAGAUCCACUACCCAAAGACUGAGGAGGAAGGGACCCCAGCAGUGGAGAUUGAGUGUGGACAUGGAUUUAUUGUUAAUGAACAUGGCCGCUGCACUGACCAGGAUGAGUGUACUCAGUUCCCCUCUGUCUGUCCCCCUGAGCGUCCGAUCUGCAUCAAUACCUAUGGGCGAUUUAAGUGCCGUGCAAACAAGAGAUGUAACCAGGGGUAUGAGCCCAAUGAUGAGGGCACAGCCUGUGUCGCCCAAGUAGCCUACUUUGGAGAAAACAGGUCAUCUGCUUUCAAACUGUGGGCCUCUCACCUGUGGCCACUGUCUCUCUCUGGUCUCACCACAUUCAUUGCCUGCCUGCAGGCCUGAUGGGUUGUCUGCUCUCCUGUUCUCUGGCUCUGUCGAUCUCCCUCUCCCAUGUGCCGGGUACCCACUGUAAGGUGAACUCUCUCUGGACUUCUCACACCCACUGUGGCCCUCGCUAUGUCUUAUUUUCAGCCCCCAUCCCUUGCACACCUGUAAUACAGACACCUAGCAUGCCUGCUGGAAGUUACAAGACAUUCAUGUUUUAAAAAACAAAGAUUCACCGUUGUCAUGCCAAGCAGCUUGAGAAGUGAGAAAGGCAUUGCAUGGAAAAGGAAGCCAACCUCUAGCCAGACAACCUCUAGGGCAGACAAUUCAUCAGUUGCUCUCAGUCACAUAUUGUAUCCUUUUUAUGUAUAGGCCUGGAUACAGUCAAUUUUGCAAUGAUAAUAUGAAAAUAUGUCCAAAGUCACGUCAUUCUUCAGCAGUAAGCUUUGGGUUGUUUUAAUAAUAAAAUGGUUCAACAACCAUUCUAAGGGUGAUUCUAUAGAAUAUGUCUACAUUUACAGGGUCAAUUCUAUCAAAACAAUGUGCAUAUCUAUGCUGGAAAUGUAAUUCAAUUUAAAUUGGAAUCAUGUUAUUUGCCUUUGUAAAUCUUCAUGUUUAUUUUGUUGAAUUGGCUCCUGCCACAUUUAUCAUUUUUUUAUGUAAUUGCAAGACUUCUAAGGCUCAUCGUGUUUCUUAAGUGUAUACAGGGCCUAACAGUAGUGAGACAGAGUGUGAAAGACUCAAAGAAGAAACCAACCAAGAUUAUACCCUUAAGCAAUGUGCGUGUGUAGAAAGUGGUCAUGGUUUUAGAGCUGCUCUGCUGCACUUAACUCAUGCUGGCUGUGCCAAGGAUUCAGUGGCUGCAGCUUAUUCAGUCUAUAAUGGGAUGUGUAGAGAAACUGUUGGAGAUGGGAAGUGCAUGCCCAGCCAUCUGCCUUAGCCAAGGUCACUGUCCGUAAAGACUAUAUAAUACAUACUACAGUACGAGUAUUACUUCCACAUUGUCCAAACGCAACACUGAUUAUGUUCAGUACAAACUAAAAAUGUCUGCAAUCAGCUAAGGUAGUGGUCAGUAUCUUCACUGUAAUCACUGCAUUUUGUUAGCAGUGCAUCACUUUAAAAUUCCUCUAAAUGUAUUCCAAAUGCCAGUGUAGAAGAGAUAUCGUGAACAUCAGACACAUGCUGCAACAACAGAUUUCAGCUUUUUAAUUUUGUGAAAUGUAAGUUGAUUCAGUUAAACAAAUUAAGAUGGUAUCCCACUUGAUUCACUGAGCAUUGUGUAGAGAAUACUGCUCAAGAAUGGAAAAAUGUAUAUUCUCAGAAGUUGAAAUAUUAGGAUUUUAUAUUUAAUUAUUUGAUUUAAAACGGUAACAUGAUAUAAUAAAUAUUUGUCACAGAUAUUUCCUGUAGCCAUGCAGUCUCUUGUGUACAUAUAUUUAUAGAUUUAUUAACUCUACCAAUCCUUUUACUGAAAUGCUGAGGCCAUCAGAAAUCCAAAAAAUUACUUUGACCUGUUUUGGCCCUAUUUAAUUCUAAAUAAAUAACACUUCGGUAAUUUAUUUCAAUGGAUGGUUAACACAUUUCCUUUUUGAUUUUGUCUCCAUGGUGAGGAUACAAACAGAAAUAUGUUCAUGGAGUUAAUUAGAAUACCUUUAAUAUGAUGGUUUGGAUAUCACAGCAAUUCAUUCUCCUCAAAUCAGGAAUUUGGUUAUUUUUUGGUUAAUAAUGAAUUAAAAUCAGUGUUAGAGAAAUUUAAAUCUGUGCUAAAUUACAUAGCCUGUGCAAGUGAAAAAAUGUUUUUGUCUCCUACAUGCUUACUACAUGAAAAAUUAAUGAAAUGAAGAACCUGUCAAAAUUGCCAAAACUGCAGAAAGUAACAUAUCUGUUUACAACAUUCCUUAACCAUUGUAUAUUACCAUUAUUCAGAUUAAUCAUAUUUAACUGAAAGGGAUAACCUACUUAUGUCUAUCCAAUGUAGCCUUUUAUUAAUGCCUUUAGUGAGGUUUAUGACUAUGGCCAGUGAUAGUGUAGUAGCACUCCAGAAGCUGCUUACGAUAUGUGGGAAGGGUAUGGCCCUCUUUUCUGGUUCAAAUUCCUAUUUUGUGGUUCAGUUUGAGUUAUGAACUAAACAUGGCAAAAAGCUCUGCACAAGCAUCCAGUCUAACAAGAACUGAUGGAUGUGUCCUGUAAACACCAAGUAAUUCAAAUAAUAUGUGUGCUAGUUACAGAUCUGAUGAAAUCAGUGUUCACUACACUGCAGUACGUGCCACAGUUGCAUAGUGAUGAAAAAAACAAGAGGAAACAAAAAACUCUGCCAACAUCAUAAAAUGUCAAUAAGCAAAUAUUGUUACAGGACAUGCAGAAAUAUUAUUAGAAAAGUUCCCUUGAUAUUCUUUAGUGGCGCAGCAAUGGUCAUUAGUUUGCUGUUUGAAAUGCUGAGGUUAGUCUGUGGAAUGGGAAGCUCCCUAUGGUGAGGUCAGCUCUGCUCAAGCCCUUGGAGCAAAGGGAACAAAGCAGGAAAACAUCUGUGCCCUGGAGAAAACAGCACAGAUUGCUCACCUGUAAACAGACACAGACUGUGGCCAUAUCUCUGAUUUAUAAUGAAUGAACAUCUGUCUUUUGCAGAAUGAACUGUUAUGCCUGAAUAAAGUA